AUGGUGGCGCCGGACGUGAAGGCGGAGACGAUGAAGCUGAUGGAUCAGCGGGGUGGCCUGGAGGCGGAGAUGGACGCCAUCAUCGCCCGCCUCACCGCGCCCGGUGGGCCGGGCAUCACCGGCGGUCUCGUCGACGCCGAGGGUUUCCCCAGGUCCGACAUCGACAUCCCGAACGUUCUCGCCCAGCGCCGGAGGCUCGCUGAGUUGCGAAAUGAUCACAAGGAUGUUACAAACAAAAUUGAUAAAAAUCUGGAGAUUUUACACUCAGCAAAGUUAUCAAGGAAUGAGCAAUCAACCUCGAGGAGGUCUGAUACAACAGGUCCUUCACACAUUGGAUCAUCUCAAAGUGAACCUAUGGAAGAGGACCAUGUGACCAAACUUCCAUUUGCCAUGAUUGAUGAAAUCACAGAUGGUUCUCCUGCUUCUUUGGAUGGUUUGCAACUUGGAGAUGAGAUAGUAAAGUUUGGGAAUGUGGAAGCUUGUGAUCAAUUGCAGGAAAGGCUCAUCUCUGAAGCUCUUUCCAAUGAGGACAGUCAAGUGCCAUUUUCGAAUGCUAUGAAGAGUCAACGCUCUUCUGCAGAAUGA